CUCUUUGAGCAAACGGCGGGUGGAAGCGUCAUUAUCUUGUUAGAGACAACGGCGGGGCAAGGAACGAAUCUGGGAUACUGCUUUGAGCACCUGCGUGAGAUUAUAGAUGAAUCGAAAUAUCCUGAAAGGUUGGGUGUCUGUUUCGAUACCUGUCACGUCUUCGCAGCGGGAUACGAUUUGCGGACGGAGGAUGACUAUCACCAGACGUUUGAUCAAUUCGAUCAAAUUGUCGGAUUGGAUCGGUUGCUUGCGUUCCAUCUCAACGAUGCGAAAUCGCAGUACGGCAGCCGGGUCGAUCGCCACGAACAUAUCGGCGAAGGCAACAUCGGGAUAACACCUUUCCAACUGCUUGUCAACGACCCACGCUUUGAGAACAUCCCGAUGGUUAUCGAAACGCCAAAGAUGGAAACGAUGCACGCAGCGAAUCUUGCUGUGUUGAGAGGGUUGGUGAAAGAUGGGUAA